AUGUAGCAACAGACAAAUCAAAGGAGAGGCGCAGAAAGAUAAGUCAAUAAAUUGAGCAACACCAACUCGAGGAAGAAGGGUACAGGAGAUGCGCAUGUGGGUAUAAGCUCCCAUUCUGUUCCUUUCUCCAGACCCUUCUCUCUCCCCCCCUCUCUGCGCACCCUUUGCUAUCCUCUCCGUCUUGGAAGUUAUCUGCCUGAAGGUGCAGAGAGGGGAUUAAAUUCCCUCGUCUGGGCUUGGCCGCUAACCAGGAAAAGAAAAUGGAAGAAGCACAAGUCUCAGAAAAGUGGGAAGGAUAUGUGGACUGGAGGAGCAGGCCCGCAUAUAGAUCACGCCAUGGAGGCAUGCUGGCUGCAUCCUUCGUUCUCGUUGUGGAGGUGCUGGAGAAUCUGGCGUUUCUGGCGAACGCUAGCAACCUCGUGAUGUACAUGGUGAAGUUCAUGCACUUCGAGCCGGCGAAGGCGGCGAACGCCGUCACCAACUUCAUGGGCACCGCCUUCCUCCUCGCCCUCCUCGGCGGCUUCCUCUCCGAUGCCUUCCUGACCACUUAUCACACCUACCUUUUGAGCGCCCUCGUGGAGUUCUGUGGUCUUGUACUGCUUACGGUGCAGGCACGUCUGCCGUCCUUGCGGCCGCCGCCCUGCCACCCGGCGGAUCCAAAGAGCCAAUGCCAAGCGGCCGGCGGCAAGGAGCUCGCGGCACUGUUCAGUGGGCUCUAUCUGGUCGCCCUAGGGGUUGGGGGCAUCAAGGGCAGCCUGCCCUCUCAUGGGGCGCACCAGUUCGAUGAAAAUGACAAGCAAGGGAGGAAGCAGAGGUCCACCUUCUUCAACUACUUUGUCUUCUGCCUUUCCUGUGGGGGGCUGAUUGCAGUCACCUUUGUGGUGUGGGUGGAGGACAACAAAGGCUGGCAGUGGGGCUUUGGGAUCUCUACCCUAAGCAUCCUCCUCUCUGUACCGGUUUUCCUUGCCGGUUCUAGGCUGUAUCGGAAUAGGAUACCGGACGGCAGCCCCUUGACCACAAUAGCAAAGGUUAUUCUCGGUGCAAUCUUCAGCUGCAAAGGGGACAACGCGGUCACCAACAGUCCGGGGCCGUACGAGAUGCAGAGUUGCAACUCGCCGACGGAUGGAAAGGGGGACGAACUGGACCGAGAGAAGACAAGGUGCCAAAGCGAUACGAUGGCCCUAACCGACUCGAUCCGGUUCCUGAACCGGGCGACUCUCGCUAGAUUCCCCAUCCCGGCGUCCACCGCCGGCGAGGUCGAAGACGUGAAGUCGGUUGUCCGGAUCGUCCCCAUAUUCGCGUCCACCAUCAUGCUCAACUGCUGCCUGGCCCAGUUGUCCACCUUUUCUGUCCAGCAGGCGGCCACCAUGGACACCCGAAUCGGCCGUCUGCGGGUCCCGCCGGCGUCGCUGCCAAUUUUCCCCGUCGUCUUCAUCAUGGUCCUGGCCCCGCUGUACGACCACGUCAUCGUGCCCCUGGCCCGCCGUCUCACCGGGUCCGAGUCCGGAAUCUCCCACCUCCGGCGCAUUGGCACCGGCCUCGUCCUCUCGAUCAUCGCCAUGGCGGCCGCGGCGCUCGUCGAGGUGCACCGCAAGCGCGUGGCCCGCCGCCUGGGGCUGCUGGAUACCAGCGGGCCGCUGCCGGAGACCUUCCUGUGGAUCGCAAUCCAGUACCUGUUCCUGGGGUCCGCGGACCUGUUCACGCUGGCAGGGCUGCUGGAGUUCUUCUUCACCGAGGCGCCGGAAAGCAUGCGGUCGCUUGCCACCUCGCUGUCGUGGGCGUCGCUGGCCGUCGGCUACUACCUCAGCUCUGUGCUGGUCUCCAUCAUCAACAGCGCAACCGGCGGCUCCGGCCGGACCCCGUGGCUGGCUGGCAAGAGCAUCAACCACUUCCACCUGGAGAGGUUCUACUGGCUAAUGUGCGCGCUGAGCGCCACCAACUUCCUGCACUUCCUCUUCUGGGCAGUCCGCUACAGAUACAAGCGCGCGAUUCAUCAGCGUAGUGGAGGAGGCAAAUAAAAUCAAAACUCAUGAGUAAAGAGAUCCAGAACUCCAUGGAAAUGGAAGCCGUUGGUGCUGUAGCUUCUGAACUUUGUUGCUUGGGGGAGGUUGCUUAUUUUGUGAUUUGUGGAUCCUCUCAAUGGGGUGAAGGCACCACAUUCUCAUGCUACAUAGCAGCAGCAACUUAUUAGCUAGUUUUGUAAAAUUAUUGAUUUUAUUAGAAAUGAUAAUGGUUUUCGUACUA